AUGGCGGUCGUCGCCCACGUGGGGGCCAUCAACCAAGCUGUCAUAGCCGUAAGGUCACCCGACUGGCUCCAGCAGCCUUCUGGAGUGGACGAAGCCCCCGUCCACCAGCUGGACGUGCAGCUGUCCUGGGACCCCGAGCCCCAGCCCGACCCUGGUUCCAAGCUGAUCGCCGCAGUUCCUGUGGGCAGGAAAUCCAGGACUCAGGGCCACACUACUCGGGACCUGAACAUGCUUUGGGUGAUCCCCAUGGGCUGGGGGGCCACCUGCUACAGGGACCCACACCUGCCACUUAUCCCCUCUUGUCUCUGCCCAGUUCUUGGGGCAGCUCUCCCGCAUGGCCCAGAGAAUGCUGGGAGGGCCUCUCUGUUCCUGAGGUCCAUAUGCUGGGACCCUGAGGAUUUCAAGGACACGUGGAAAAAGCAGAAUGCCUUGCCCUGGCAAUCCCACAAAGUUGGCCGUCCCACACGGAAUGGAGAUGGAGGUGCUGUCACAUGGGGACCCCGUGCUGGCACAGCUGUCAGCAGCACCCCAAGGCAUGCGUUCACCUGCAGCUGGGGCACCAUCAAGGUGUGGAGCCCAGUGUGCCAGGUGGUGGAGGACAGGUUUCCGGAGAGGUGCCUGCCCGUACAGACCUGGGGGGAGUACCUUCACUCCAGCCUGCUGUCCUCAGACAGCAGGACCCCCCUGUCAGGCAGCCAUGGCCUGGCUGGCGUGAGCGUGUGGGGCCUGGCAGUGCCUUCCCUGCAUGUGAAAGAUGAGCUCCUCUGCUAGGGUCUCAGCUGCCAAGCCCUGGCCUCCAGCCCUGAGGACCAUCCGGCCUUUGCCUACUUCACCGACCGCACCUUCAGGAUCCGGGACCUGCAGGACCGGAGCGUGGUCAGGACCUGCCAGGCCACCUGA